CUGGAUUCGAUUGGCCUUGUAUCUGCUUUAUAUUUGAGUUCUAUUUAUACUCUUUGAUUUGAGUCGUGGUGGCAAAGACAAAGUGCGACCGGCAUCCAAACAAGUUUUCCCCCGUAAAUGUUAUUUUAAAACUAUUGACCUUGUUAAUAUUUUAUUUCAACUCCACAAGAAACAAGGUUAUUAUCGAGCAGCACCAAUUUAACAUCACAUCAGUUUUUUGAAGAGGUGAAAUGGCAGCUGAAUUGAAGGGGAAGAUUCAAACAGUACUGGGUCCCAUUGAUCCAUCAACAUUGGGUCGCACGUUGACCCAUGAACAUCUGCAUAUGACCUACACUAGCUGUUUCCAGGCGCCACGUGAUGAAGACCGGGAAAUGAUCGACGCACCAAUUGUUAUGAGAAAUCUGAACCAUAUUAAACAUUUUCCGUAUUCAAACAAAGCUAAUUUGAAUCUGCACAGUGAUGGUGAUGCCAUCAUUGAGGAGCUGGAGAUGUUUAAAAAACGAGGAGGAUCAUGUAUCGUUGAAGUUUCACCAAUAGGAAUUGGCAGAAAUAUUAAGACUUUAGCUGACUACUCCAAGAAAACAGGUGUUCACAUUGUGAGUGGUACAGGUUACUACCUCGCUUGCUCGAUGCCACCGGAGAUGGAUACGAUGAAAGAAGAGGAAAUUGUGGCUGGCAUGAAAUAUGAUUUGACGGAAGGGGCCGAUGGAACGGAUUUUAAAUGUGGGGUUAUUGGAGAAGUUGGAUGUUCUUGGCCUUUACAUCCAAAUGAGAAGAAGGUUCUUCGUGCAGCUGGUAUCACCCAAUCAGAGCUUGGAUGUCCGGUGAUCAUACAUCCAGGGAGGAAUGAAAAACAUCCAGAAUUGGCACCCACAGAACACCUCAGAAUCUUCCAAGAAGCAGGCGGAGUUGCCAGUCACACUGUCAUGUCUCACUUAGAUCGAUGUUGUCAAACACCUGAAACUGUGGAGGAGUUCGCCAAACUUGGAUGCUAUUUAGAGUAUGAUCUUUUUGGAAAUGAGUGUUCCUAUUAUCAGACGGUUCCAACGAUAGACUUCAUCUCAGAUGCUCAACGAAUCAGUCUUAUUAAGGGUCUGGUGGAUGAAGGCUAUGUGGAUAAAAUUGUUAUUGCCCAUGAUAUACACACAAGACAUCGCUUGCUGAAGUACGGCGGCCAUGGUUACAGUCACAUCCUGGAGAAUGUUGUUCCAAAGAUGUUAGUGAAAGGAAUGUCUCAGGAAAACAUUGACAAAAUACUCAUCGACAACCCAAGAUCAUGGCUCACUUAUUUCUAGUAGAUUUAUCCUGCAAAUCUUUUUCUGUUUGAAAAUUGUGGCUUGCAUAUUUGAGGCAUAUGGCAAAGUGACCAUAUUGAGUAAAUGAGCUAAAAAAUAUGGGAGCUCAAGUAAUGGCCUGAAAUACAAACCUUUUUAUUUUCACUAUAAAUCGGCAGUGUAAUAUCUAACAGAUGAUAUCUCAAAAGUUCUGGAAAUGGUCAACCAUAGAGAAAAUAUUUUCCCUGUGGGUCAGCAAACCAGUUAUUUUACAUCCAUGAUUGUCAGUACCAUAAAAUAAAAGUAUGCAUGAAUAACUUUAAAAGGGGAUUAUUCAUAUUAAUCUUUAUUUUCAUCGCAAGAGUGCUGUAGCUUUACGCCCCAAUAACUCUUAAAAUGUCCAUUUUCAGUGAUGGAACUAGGGAUUUGAAAUAGAGGGGGGUCCAGGAAGGAGAGUUUAUACCAUCUCAUCCCCACCAUGGUUGGGCUUAGGUAAGAAAAUUAUGGCAUCUCUAGAUAGCUGAAUAUGGAACUCUCAGCUGGGGGUGCCCCGUCCCCCUUUUAAUCUCCACUGAAAUCCAAUGAAUGACCCCACAUUUUAAAGCUUUCAUGCUGAAAAUACCAAUAACAUGACUCAAUUUGGAACCAUUAACAAAUUUCUAUGGAGAAGUUAUUAGAAAUACUACCAGUUCUUCCAUCUAUGGCUGGAAAACAGUAUUCUACCUCAUUAGCUAUUAUGCUAAUUAUCAUUGAAAUAGGACAAGUAAUACCAGAUGUUGUGUCUGAGAAAUUUAAUUAAACUGGUAGCCCACAUUGACCCAAGAUGUGGCGUGCCCAGGCACUUAUAAUUUAUAUACCAGGUAUCAAUUAUGUAUAUUUUUUUAAAACUAGAUAUUAAUCAACAGAAGAAAUUUAGUAGUAUUAUAAAAAAUACUAAAUCAUGUAUGUUUACACAGUAUACUUUCUUACAUUUACUGAAGAAAUGAAUAAAAAGCUUCCAUGGUAAUUAGUGUACAAUUCUGUCACUUCAUUUCGUCACUUCACUUCAUCCGCCGAUAGAGGAUACUACAUAGACAGGGCUCAAGGGCGAGGCUUUGGUGGGCGUAAAAAAAAUAGAGGGUUUCUGUUGUAAACAAUGACCACAGACACCUCCAUGCUUGAUACGAUUAUAACAGGGAGAGCCAGGUCCCCCAUCGUGAAGAGCGGCACCCCUCAAAUCUGGGAGAAAAAAAUAUGUAUUUUCUACGUAUUAGUAGAGAGAACCAGUCCAUUCGGGCAGAUUCCACUUUGAGCAAAUAAUUAUCAAAAGUAGCAAAACCAUUUUAAGACUUGGUGCAGAGCAUUUUUGCAUUUAAAUUACUAUUUCACUCACAAAUACAAGAAUAGGGCGACAAUAAAUUCGCCCUCGUUAUAGUUCACACUAAAUGCGGAGCGGAGUUAGUUCAUUGAAUCAUUCAUUAACUUUGCAUGUGGUAUGUAUUGAUACUGAAGAUCCUGUUGAAGAUAGAGUAGAAUAAUAAAUAACGUUUACAUUGUCA